AUGGCUGAAUCGACUAAACUGAACACCAACCCAGAGGUGUUGCUCAAGAAGCGGAAGAAUGCUGACAGACUCCGUAUAGAGAAACAGGAACAGGCACGUAAGAAGCUCGAGGAACAGAAAAAACGCAAACAACAGCAGAGAAAGGCAAGGUUUAUCAGAGCAGAAACCCUAGUUGCUAAACAUCGCGCAUCAGAAAGAGAACAGUACCGUGUGAAGCGCGUGUCUCAGCAUGAACGGAGCUCUGCUGUGCCGGAAGAGUCCGAUGAACGUCUUUUGUUUGUGGUCCGCAUCCCCGGCCCGCAUGGUGCCAAAGUGCCCUCCAAGGCCAGGAAAGUGCUUGAACUGCUGCGUCUAGAGCACGUGUACACAGGAACUUUCAUCAAGUUGAACGCUGCCGUCAAACCUCUCCUCAGACUGACCAGUCCGUACAUCGCCAUUGGUACUCCAUCGCUUGCUACCGUCAGAAACCUGAUCCAGAAACGUGCCACGGCUAGUAUCGUGGAGGACGGAACGGCCAAGAAGGUGAACUUGGAUGACAACAAUUUAAUUGAAGAGCACCUCGGAGACUAUGGAAUCAUCUGUGUGGAAGAUAUCAUCCACGAGAUUGCCACUUUGGGCGACUCGUUUAAACAGUGUGUUAAGUUUCUGGAUCCGUUCAAACUUAGCCCACCUGUGCACGGCUGGGGCCCUCUUAGCAAGCUGAAACGUCUCGAGCUCAGAGAGGAGAAGCCAAAGGUGAACAAUGCAGCCACUGCUCCACUCGAUGAGGUCGACAUCGACCAGUUUGUGUCUGAGCAAAUCUGA